CGUAUCACAAAGAUAAGCACAUGUAUAUAGACUCUUUAGUACCUAUAUAAAAGAAGAGCAUGAUUCCGAAGAUGAAGAUGGGAUAUCAACCCUAAUUCGCGUGGACCCAGGUAAUUCAUGAACCAUCCAUUUUAGGGGACAUCCGUGCUGAAAAGGAGGGGAAUAUGGGGCUGAGAUAACUGGAGGUGAUAUUAGGUGAUAUUGCACAUGUCAUAAGUGCCUCCAAUCGCUGAUUGCUAGCACGAACUUCAUCAAUUCGUCAACGCACACGAUUGGUCGGUAACUCAAAGCGUUCACACUCAGUUCCAUAAUACAGCACUCCAAUACAUAGUCAAAUUGGCAAUGAGACUCCAUAUCGGGUGUGGCCGCAUUCCGGAGCUCGCCCCACCAGGUUAGCGCUUGGAGGUUUCGAAGUCGGAAUGUUGCUGCUUCGAGGUCGGAGGCUUCUAAAUCGGGCAAACAGGUUGAAAGAUUCCGCAUUUGCUGUUCGUGCCAUCCUUCUACAUAGAAACACCACUCCGAUCAGUGUAAAGCAAGGAUAUCAUCCAAUAUGGCUGAAGACAUCGAGUACAAGUUAGAGACCGUUAAGGUCACCCCAAUUAGUUCGGACGAAAUCGAUAAGACGUUCCGAUCCAGUUCCAUCGACUUGAUUUCUGGAACACUGGGAGGUAAAGUUCUAGGCUUCUCAGACCAAUGGUUUGCCGAUGCCGACAACCUAUUGACGCCUACGCCCCCUAUAAGGCAACCGGGAAAGAUGGUCUACACAGGCGCUUGGUAUGAUGGCUGGGAAACGAGAAGACAUAACCCAGAACCUUUCGACUGGGUUGUCAUACGACUUGGUGUUGCAUCGGGUACCGUGAAAGGAGUUGAAAUCGAUACCGCUUUCUUCAAUGGUAAUCAUGCUCCGGCAAUUUCUGUCGAAGGUUGCUUCUCUGAAGACGACAAGGUCCUGUCCUGGAAAGGAGGAAGAGGGGAAUGGGAGCCUAUUCUAAGCAUCCAAGAGUGUGGACCCUCCCAGAGGUUUGGUUGGAAACUAGACAACCCUACUUCGAAGCAGUACACCCAUGUUAGGCUCAACAUGUAUCCUGAUGGAGGAAUCGCGAGAUUUCGACUGUUUGGUCAUGCAGUGCCAGUCUUCCCCGAAGACGUAGAUGCAAUUUUCGACUUAGCUGCUGCUCAAAAUGGUGGUGUAGCAGUCUCGUGUAGUGACCAACACUUCGGCACUAAGGACAACCUCAUCCUGCCAGGUCGAGGCAAGGAUAUGGGAGAUGGUUGGGAGACUGCCCGUUCCAGAUCCAAGGGUCAUGUUGACUGGGCCAUCAUCCGUUUAGGGGCUCCAGCUUUCAUUCAAGACUUCGUGGUCGACACGGCCUUUUUCAGGGGAAACUUCCCUCAGAAGACGAAGAUUGACGCCAUCGAAUGGAGAGAGGCCGGAGAACCUGGAGCUGAUGCUGAAGGGUGGACUGAGGUACUGGAGCCUAGUAAGUGUGGUCCAGAUCAGGAACACAACUUUACUAGCACGAUAAAGGACAAGCCUUUCACCCACGUGAAAUUGACUAUUAUUCCUGACGGGGGUGUGAAGCGAUUGCGUGUUCUGGCUAAGAGAGCAGUCUAACCCAAGCUCUUUGGAAAAGGAAUCACCUUCAAACUCAUAACUCCAUAUUGGAUCAAAUUUUGAAAAUGUACUCAAGUUAGGAUGAUGCUUAAAAGUUAUACACGAAGACUUGUGAUAAGUGCAAGUGAGGUUUAAUUUGGAUUAUGACGGUCCUCCAUAGGAUUGCAAGUAGUUGCAAGUGAGAAAGAAUAUAAGUAUAACCCUAGAAGAAGAUUCGAUGUUCGAGAAAUAGUGGAAGUAGACCAAUGAGAUUGAGAAUCCGGGAUAUAGUACUUAAUUGGG